AUGGUGCAUUUGCAGAUUUGUGGAGUUCUAUAUCCUGGGGAUGCUAAGGAAAAUGGUAAGCUCUUACGGCUGAAACAACAAUUCUUUCUAUGUAGUGCAUCACUUCAGGACAUUAUAUUCAGAUCUAAGGAGAGGAAACUAGGGAAGGGAUCAUGGCAAUGGUCUGAGUUUCCUAGCAAGGUUGCAGUACAAAUGAAUGAUACUCAUCCUACACUUGCAAUCCCAAAGCUGAUGCGAUUACUAAUGGAUGAGGAGGGGCUUGGAUGGGAUGAAGCUUGGGAUAUCACAACCAGGACAGUUGCCUACACUAAUCACACAGUGCUUCCUGAUGCACUUGAGAAAUGGUCACAAGCUGUGAUGUGGAAGCUUCUCCCUCGCCAUAUGGAGAUUAUAGAAGAAAUAGACAAGAGAUUCAUUGCAAGGAUACAUAAGGCACGACCUGACCUUGAAAGUAAGCUUCCUAGCAUGCGCAUUUUGGAUAACAAUCCCCAAAAGCCAGUUGUGCGGAUGGCAAAUUUAUGUGUGGUGUCUGUACAUACGGUAAAUGGUGUGGCCCAGUUACGUAGUGAGAUCUUGAAGUCUGAGUUAUUUGCAGACAAUGUUUCUCUAUGGCCAACAAAGUUCCAAAAUAAAUCUAAUGGCAUUACUCCUCACCGAUGUCUUCGAUUCUGCAGUCCUGAGCUCAGUAGCAUAAUAACCAAAUGGUUAAAAACUGAAGAAUGGAUUACCAACCUUGACCUCCUCACAGGUCUUCGACAGUUUGCCGACAAUGUGGAACUCCAAGCUGAAUGGGCCUCCGCCAAGAUGGCUAAUAAGCAGCAUUUGGCAGAGUACAUAGAACGGGCCACAGGGGUGAGCAUUGACCCAAAUAGUCUAUUUGACAUACAAGUCAAGAGGAUCCAUGAAUAUAAGAGACAGUUGCUGAAUAUUCUGGGAGCAAUUUAUAUAAACAAGAACUCAAAGGAGAUGAGCCCUGAAGAGCGGAAAAAGACUACUUCACGCACCAUCAUGAUUGGUGGAGAGGCAUUUGUAACAUAUACAAAUGCUAAAAGAAUAGUCAAGCUGGUGAAUGAUGUUGGUGCUGUUGUCACCAAUGAUCCUGAGGUCAAUAGCUACUUGAAGGUAGUUUUUGUACCGAAUUGCGAUGUAUCUGUAGCAGAAAUACUUAUUCCAGGAAGUGAGCUGUCGCAGCAUAUUAGCACUGCAGGCAUGGAGGCAAGCGGCACAAGCAACAUGAAAUUUGCACUCAAUGGUUGCCUCGUUACAGGUACACUGGAUGGGGCUAAUGUAGAAAUCAGGGAGGAAAAUGGGGAGUAGAACUUUUUCCUCUUUGGUGAAAUAGCAGAUGAAGUCCCUAGGCUGCGCAAGGAAAGAGAGAAUGGAAAGGGUACAAAGUUUGCAAUUUCUUUAAAUUUAGUUUAAAAAAAAAGGGUUUUAUCUUAAAAAAGGCAAGUUGUCAC